GGUGAGGUCCGUGCCUGUCUGGCCAGCCGGGCUUCGCUCAGAGAUGUGACCCAGGGCUGGCACUGGGGCUGGCACAGGGACAGUUGGUGGCAGUUGCUGGUGGCAGUUACAGAAGGGCAUUGCCUGCAAUUCUUGGGCUCGGGGGUCGUUGAGAAGAGGCUGAAGUUGCUCAGACUGUUCUGUGCUUGGGAGGGCUCUCUGUCCCCAGCUUUGAGUUUCACAGUGACCUGUGAGGACUUAGAGCUUGGCCAGAGGUCACCUGGAAUAUCCUGAGCACCAGAACCUUUUUAAAACGCUGGGGCUGUUGGAGUGGUUGAAUUUUUCCUGGCUUUGAGUGAGAAAUUCAGAAGACUGAAGCCCAGGCUCACUGUCUACCUUUCACGGAGGCCCAGCCGUGAGAGGACAGAAGAAGGCACGUGGCGAAUCAUGACAGCAGACAAGGAGAAAGACAAAGAGAAAGAGAAGGACCGGGACCGGGACCGGGACAAGGAGCGGGAGAAGCGGGAGAAGCGGGAGGGCGAGAGCUCGCGGCCGCGGCGCAGCUGCACGCUGGAGGGCGGCGCCAAGAACUACGCCGAGAGCGAGCACAGCGACGACGAGGACAACGACAACGGCGCCGCCGCCGAGGAGGCCAGCAAGAAGAGCAAGAAGAAACCCCCCAAGAAGAAAUCCCGCUACGAGAGGACCGACAACGGCGAGAUCACGUCCUUCAUCACCGAGGAUGAUGUGGUGUACAGGCCUGGAGAUUGUGUUUACAUCGAGAGUCGCCGGCCGAACACGCCCUAUUUCAUCUGCAGCAUUCAAGACUUCAAACUGAGCAAGAGGGACCAUCUGCUGAUGAACGUGAAGUGGUACUACCGCCAGUCCGAGGUGCCUGACUCGGUGUACCAGCACCUGGUGCAGGACAGGCACAACGAGAACGAUUCGGGACGGGAGCUGGUGAUCACAGACCCGGUGAUCAAGAACAGAGAGCUCUUCAUCUCCGACUACGUGGACACGUACCACGCUGCUGCCCUGAGAGGGAAGUGCAACAUCUCCCAUUUCUCUGACAUAUUUGCUGCUAGAGAGUUCAAGGCACGAGUGGAUUCAUUUUUCUACAUCCUGGGCUAUAAUCCAGAGACAAGGAGGCUAAACAGUACCCAAGGUGAAAUCAGAGUUGGGCCCAGCCACCAGGCCAAGCUCCCCGACCUGCAGCCCUUCCCUUCCCCGGACGGGGACACGGUGACGCAGCACGAGGAGCUGGUGUGGAUGCCAGGAGUCAACGACUGCGACCUGCUGAUGUACCUGAGGGCAGCCAGGAGCAUGGCAGCCUUUGCAGGGAUGUGUGACGGGGGAUCCACGGAGGAUGGAUGUGUGGCUGCCUCCCGGGACGACACCACCCUCAACGCCCUCAACACACUCCAUGAAAGUAACUACGAUGCUGGAAAAGCCCUGCAGCGCUUGGUGAAGAAACCUGUGCCAAAGCUGAUUGAGAAGUGUUGGACUGAAGAUGAAGUGAAACGGUUUAUUAAGGGGUUGAGGCAGUACGGCAAGAACUUCUUCAGAAUCCGAAAGGAGUUGCUUCCCAAUAAGGAGACCGGAGAGCUGAUCACCUUCUAUUACUACUGGAAGAAGACCCCCGAGGCGGCGAGCUCGCGCGCGCACCGGCGCCACCGGCGCCAGGCCGUGUUCCGCAGGAUCAAAACCCGCACGGCCUCCACCCCCGUCAACACCCCCUCCAGACCCCCCUCCAGCGAGUUCUUGGACCUGAGCUCGGCCAGUGAAGAUGACUUUGACAGCGAGGACAGCGAGCAGGAGCUGAAGGGCUACGCCUGCCGCCACUGCUUCACCACCACCUCCAAGGACUGGCACCACGGCGGCCGGGAGAACAUCCUGCUGUGCACCGACUGCCGCAUCCACUUCAAGAAGUACGGGGAGCUGCCGCCCAUCGAGAAGCCCGUGGACCCCCCUCCCUUUAUGUUCAAGCCUGUGAAGGAGGAAGAUGAUGGCCUCAGUGGGAAGCAUAGCAUGAGGACACGGCGCAGUCGAGGCUCGAUGUCGACCCUACGCAGUGGCAGGAAGAAGCAGGCCGCCAGCCCCGAUGGCCGCGCCUCCCCCAUCGCCGAGGACGUUCGCUCCAGCGGCCGCAACUCGCCCAGCGCCGCCAGCACCUCCAGCAACGACAGCAAGGCCGAGUCCGUGAAGAAAUCCACCAAGAAGAUAAAAGAAGAGGUGUCUUCUCCUCUCAAGAACUCCAAGAGGCAGCGGGAAAAGGCAGCAUCCGACACGGAAGAGCCUGACAGGUCCAAUGCCAAAAAAUCCAAAACUCAAGAGAUCAGCAGGCCCAACUCCCCCUCGGAGGGCGAGGGCGAAGGCGAGAGCUCCGACAGCCGCAGCGUCAACGACGAGGGGAGGGGCAGCCGCAGCGUCAACGACGAGGGGAGCAGCGACCCCAAGGACAUCGACCAGGACAACCGCAGCACGUCCCCCAGCAUCCCCAGCCCGCAGGACAACGAGAGCGACUCGGAUUCCUCGGCCCAGCAGCAAGUGCUGCAGGCGCAGCCGCAGGCGCCGAGCGCCUCGGCCCCGGCCGCGGCUCCCACGCCGCCGCUCUCCAUGAACUCCAACUUGCCUCCGCCGCCCGCUCUGAAGCCUCUGAGCUCGCUCUCCACUCACCACCCUCCAUCCGCGCACCCUCCUCCCCUGCAGCUGAUGCCUCAGAGCCAACCGCUGCAGUCCUCGCAAGCCCAGCCUCCCGUUCUGACCCAGAGCCAGAGCCUGCCCCCUCCUGCCACUCACCCCCCCUCUGGACUCCAUCAGGUUUCCUCCCAGCCCCCCUUCUCUCAGCACCCCUUUGUGCCCGGGGGUCCCCCUUCCAUCACGCCUCCUUCGUGCCCCUCCACUUCCACGCCGCCCACCGUGCCUGGCAUCCCUCUGCAGACCCCCAUCUCCACGUCAGCAGCUUCUAGUGGGACAGUGCCCGUGGUGACAGCCUGCACGCUGCCGCCCAUCCAGAUCAAGGAGGAGGUCCCAGAUGAGGCCGAGGAGCCCGAGAGCCCUCCACCUCCACCCCGGAGCCCCUCCCCAGAGCCCACGGUGGUGGAUAUCCCCAGUCAUGCCAGCCAGUCAGCCAGGUUCUAUAAGCACCUGGACCGUGGCUACAAUUCAUGCUCCAGGGCAGACCUGUACUUCAUGCCUCUGGCAGGAUCCAAACUGGCCAAGAAGAGAGAAGAGGCCAUCGAAAAGGCCAAAAGGGAAGCGGAGCAGAAAGCCAGGGAAGAGAGGGAAAGAGAAAAAGAAAAAGAGAAGGAAAGAGAGAGAGAGCGGGAGCGUGAGAGAGAAGCGGAAAGAGCUGCGCAGAAGGUGUCCAGCUCCUCCCACGAGGGCCGUCUGGGCGAGUCCCAGCUCAGCGGGCCGGCGCACAUGAGGCCGUCCUUCGAGCCGCCGCCCACCACCAUCGCGGCCGUGCCGCCGUACAUCGGGCCGGACACGCCGGCGCUGCGGACGCUGAGCGAGUACGCGCGGCCCCACGUCAUGUCCCCCACCAACCGCAACCACCCCUUCUUCGUGCCCCUGAACCCCACGGACCCGCUGCUGGCCUACCACAUGCCCGGCCUCUACAACGUGGACCCCACCAUCCGCGAGCGGGAGCUGCGCGAGCGCGAGAUCCGCGAGCGCGAGAUCCGCGAGCGGGAGCUGCGCGAGCGGAUGAAGCCCGGCUUCGAGGUGAAGCCCCCGGAGCUGGACGCGCUGCACCCGGCCACCAACCCCAUGGAGCAUUUCGCCAGGCACGGGGCACUGACUAUCCCACCCACGGCGGGGCCUCACCCCUUCGCCUCCUUCCACCCGGGCCUGAACCCCCUGGAGAGGGAGAGACUGGCGCUGGCGGGGCCGCAGCUGCGGCCGGAGAUGAGCUACCCGGACAGGCUGGCGGCCGAGCGCAUCCACGCCGAGCGCAUGGCCUCGCUCACCAACGACCCCCUGGCGCGGCUGCAGAUGUUCAACGUCACCCCCCACCACCACCAGCACUCACACAUACACUCACAUCUACACCUACACCAGCAGGACCCCCUACACCAAGGCUCAGCAGGACCUGUUCAUCCACUGGUGGAUCCUUUAGCAGCUGGACCCCACCUGGCACGUUUUCCCUACCCCCCUGGGACCAUCCCCAACCCAUUGCUAGGGCAGCCACCUCACGAGCAUGAAAUGCUCCGACAUCCAGUCUUUGGAACUCCGUACCCCCGGGAUCUGCCUGGUGCCAUUCCACCCCCCAUGUCGGCAGCCCACCAGCUGCAGGCCAUGCACGCCCAGUCCGCAGAGCUGCAGAGACUGGCCAUGGAGCAGCAGUGGUUGCACGGGCACCCUCACAUGCACGGCGGGCACCUACCCAGUCAGGAAGAUUAUUACAGUCGACUGAAAAAAGAAGGUGACAAACAGUUGUAAUAAAUUAUUUAUUUGUAACGCUGGCUAUGGAAACCCCAGUCCUUGGGAAGGAGUGGAACAUUUUUACAUACAAGAAGAGCUACAAAAGGAAAAGAAUAUCUUAUAAAGAUUUCUUUAUAUAUUUAAAACAGAAGCAACCACCCAACAAGUAGAGACUUAUCAGCAUAGUGUUCAUUUGUAGAGAAGAUUUCUCAAGACUGGUGUGGGUCUCCCUGCAUGAAAACGUAUUCAGAAGCCUAUUGGAAAUACAGGACUGUGUGGAGUAUUCAGAGAACUUCCUGCAAUCUUGGUUUUUUUUUUUUCUUUUCUUUCCUUACUAGUUUGUUUUCAGUAGGUGCUAGAAUCAGGUUCACAACACAAGUCACUGUGCGUGAAGGGACACUCAAUGCCUCUAUAGGUAAUUAAAAAAAAAACAAGGAUUGCAAGUAGGUGACACAACAAACUCUGAAUCCAAGUGCUAUAAUAAUAAAAAUCUACUUUUAUUUUAAUACAUUUUAGGAAAUCUUCAUAAUUUUAAAGAGAGCUCAGUUCUGCAGCAUGGCUUUUUAAGUCUGUAAAUAACUUUUUUUGGGUAGAGGGGAGAAACAAAACAAAACAAACUCCAGAAACAUUUAUCUUGAUUUUCAGUAACAUCACAAAUUGUGAAUUCCUACCUGGUAUUGACAGAAUACAGAGUUGAUUUUUUAAUAAAAUAUAUAUAUAUAAUUAUCCCUUUAAUUAAAGGGAAUGAUGGGUAUGAAUAAUUUCAAAUGGGUAAAAGCUUGAAAUUUGGUUUGAUAUCAACAAUAAGCAUUAAAGGGAUUUGCAGGGAUAAUGUUGCAAAUGACUGUUUCUGUUCUUGGAUUUUUGGUUGGUUUGGUUGUUUGGGGGUUUUUGUUCGUGUUCCAUCUCUCUGUUCUGCAGCUGAUUUUGUUGAUUUGGGUUUCUCAGCAGCUCAGAUGUCCCUUGGACCCCGCUGGCCCUUUUGAUGCCACCUUCAACGGUUCAUUUUCAGUGUGGCCAUAAAACACUUCUUUCCUGUGACCUUUUGAAACUUAAUCUAGCUCCAUUGGGUUUCAACUUUGGGCAGAAAGUUCAGAGAAAUAAUCUGUUCCAAAAAUCUCCUUUUAAAGAUGUUCCAUGGCUCAGACUAGUGCAGCCACAGUUCUGUAUGCACGUGCAUACUUCGGGAGGAGGUGCUUAUCCUGGCCUCCUGUUUGAUAAGUUCUUAAGAAAAGAACUUGGCGUUCAUUAAGUUGUGUUGCAAAGACAAGUCUGUUUUUCUAUUUGUCUGUUUUAAGUUUGGGUUUUUAUAAGCAAAAACUGUUUUAACUGCCCCCAGUGUUUGUCCCCCGUGGACUGACUGCUCUGGGAUGAGCAGGACCCAUGGACAGUGACACUUAGUGCCUCCCAGCCCCUCAGUCCCUGCAGGGUGACUCCUGCUGGCUGCUUCCCAGCAGCACGGGAGAGCAGAGGAAGUAAUUCACAGUGAGCAUUAACGGAGACAGCUCUGCUUGCAAAGCAGAUUUUUAUCCUUUUCUUCCCCAGUUUUGCCAGAGUUGUUCUUUGCUGGAGCAGAGGGUGACGCGACCAAUGGACAUCUGAACCUGCUGGUCAUUUUUUCCUGCUGGUGCACAACUCCCCCCAUCCUCUCUCUCCACUGCUGAGUGCUCUCUGCUGUUGUAGCCUGUUCAGUGUGAUGGUUGUGUCCUAGGACUGUACUGAGCCACUCUGAUGAAGUUGUAGUUAAUCUGCUGCAGGCACAGUGCUCGUCCACCUCCUGCUGCUCAGCCCAGAGCUGCUGGCAGACAGUUCACCAGCUCUAGGCCCACUAAGGCGAGGGUAGAGGGGAGAGUGGGGGGUUUUUCAGCAGAUUUUCCCUUUUUCCUGUGCUCCACUGCAGAUGUGUCAGUGCUGAAGCCCUGCUGUGGUGU